GAUAGCUCCAAUCACAUCCAAGAAUUCCAACCAGUCUUUCAAUGUUAUCCACCUCACCAACCGGAUACAACUUACUCUUAUCAAGGUUGAUCUUGAGGCCUGUGAUGGAUUGAAAGCAUAAGAGGGCAGCCAUAACAUUAAACACUUCUUCUUCCGAGGCAUUGCAGAAAACAAUAGCAUCAUCAGCAUACAACAAAUGAGACACCUGCCCUCUCAUGUUCAUUUCGUCAAGAUGGAACCCAGUGAUGAGACCCUCUGGUUAUUCAUAUAUAUUUUCUCAUAACUAUAAGUAUGUUUGAAAAACCCGGAAUCCUGACUCCGUCCGUCCACAAUUCUGUCCUUCGUAACGUUCUCAACGACAGGAUGAACGACCUGCAAUAUCUCGAGCAGGCACCUACUAUUGUCUCGGAGCUACAUUCCCAAUGUCUCAAUUUAGAUAAUUCUCUAGUGGGGCUAAAUUCCAGCCUCGAAUCGAGUCUUCUCGGUUACACCUCCUUCUCCGAUCGGGUUCACGUCCUGAUCACUGAUACCGCUGCCGAGCUCACUGCUCUCGAUUCGUCGACGGCCGUUUCUUUUGUAGGUGGACGAGCGAAAGAGCAGGCAUUGGCAGAGGAGCUUCCGGCGCUGGCAAAGGAGGUUGCCAGAGUGAAGAUAGUUCGAGAUUAUGCUGGUUUUGAAACAGAGAGGGUGUGGUGCUUCUGCUUGUAUAAGCCAGAGUUCAAUUUUGCUCUCGUCUACAAGAUUACCAGGGACUAUGUUGACACUAUGGAUGAAUUGUUACAACCUCUUGUUGAUAAAGCUAGACUAGUGGCCGGGGAAGACAGGAACCUCGAGAAAUUCUCAUCUCUAUAUGUUUUCUGUGAUCGGCCGGAUUGGCUUGAUUUGUGGGCAGAAAUAGAGUUCAGUGACACACUUGAGAAUGUAAAGUUCUAUGAUAGUGGUGUUGAAAGUCUUAGCAACGACUUGGAGGUCCUCUUUGGGGCAUUUAGGGCUUGGUGUCUAAGAACACAAGGAUUUUCCCCCAAAUCAAGUGAGGGCUUGAAGUUGUUGAAGAUGAGGAGGAAGCAGCAUAAUUUGGGAUUAACCGGAGAUGAUAAUUGGAUGAAAGAGAACGGAGUCAGGCACAUGACUGUUAGUGAGGCAAAGAAGAUGUUAAAAAGUAGGAUGUUUGGAAGUUUGGCAAAUUCAGAACUUUACACUUCCAAGACCCCGUAG